AUGGAAAGUGGUAUUAUGAAAGGGGUUGGCUUUCAACCUGGUUCGGAUCAGAGUUCCACUGCAGGUACAUAUGCACGUCGAGCAAAUCUUUCUCAAGAAAUUUUGGAUCAGGACAACUAUUGUUGGGAUCAGUUAGGUGAUCAUAAUCAAUUCUUAUGCAACCGAGUCCGGCAUUUUUCCAAACAAUCAUUCAAGGACAAUGCCAAAAUAAUCGAGUCUUUUGGAAUCCCCAGCUGGUCCAACAGCGAAUGGAAUGACUUUGAACAGGAAACUAAUGGGAUUUUUUCAAGUGCAAUCACAACUCAUUCAGAUUUUUCAAACGAACCCCAUAUGGAUGAAGACUCAAAUCCAUGGACUUAUGGCUUGUUCAGCUACAUCAACCAAUCAACUGGCAAACCUGUCUUGCCUUCAUCCUCUGUUCCUGGUCACGCCUUCCGAUUUCCAGACUUCAACUGUCAAAUUGACUUUGGGACGUCUCCCGGUAUAAUUGAGCUGUUAUGGGCAAGUAACUCUGUGAAGCACCACACUCUACAUCCACCCCCUUCACUGAAAUCAACUGCCGGAAUCACACAUUCCGGAUCUUCCUUUCAGAUUUGA